CCUUCCUUAUUCAUCUGCAGAUGGCACUCUCCAUCAUUUCUGGUCACCAGUCCAGCCACCUGGAUAGACAUCUUGAAUCCAGCAUCAGUCAGGAUCAUGACUAUCCUCAGACUGCCAUUCCUCCAUCCAACCUCCUGAGGAAAUGGGAAGACACCGUGACAGGCAAAACGACUUUACUGACAGUGGACAUUUGUUAGCACAGCUAAACGUGGACACAUAUUAGAAAAGAGAAGUGGUGCAGCAUCCAAUGGGUACAAUGAGUAGCUAUGUAGCUAAUAUUCGAUCUCUCAGUAUCUGGCAGUGUGCUUACACCCUUGACAAUGCUAUAACACAUGCAUUAUUGGUCAAGCUUAUUUCAA